CCCGGUGCUAGCUCUUCCAACACUAAAAGCAAACAUUUUUUACACUCGAAACAUCUCGACUGUAGAGGAAGGAGACGGCGCGUCUAGUGACUGCGGGGGAGGGGAGAAAGGUGAACCUGCAACUGAACGGAGCGAACAUCCCCUCGCAUACUGCUUGCCGAUUCAGCUAUUUGCUGCCUCCAGCUAGUUGGUUGGUUGUUUUUGCGCAGUAAGCCCAGUUCCUUUUCUGCGGCCGCCAGGGCUAUAAAGUCCGGACCCAACGGCGAGCUCUUCCAGCUGCUGCGUGAUCGGUUUCCUCGGUUGGCUUCAUACCCUCCGUCUCCCAUCUUCACUCUCAUCUGCCUUCCCUUCGCCGAGGAGUCCCGGAGCAGUCCUAGAAAUGCAGCCACUGGCGCUCUUGCUGACGCUGUGCGUCUUGCAAACGUGGCCGGCAGUUUUCGGGGACCUUCAGCACCAGCCGUUUGUCGUGCUGGGCAACGACUGGCCCAAGAAGCUGAGCAAGGCCCAAAACUUUGCGUGGGAGAACUGUGGCCCUUCGUCAGAUCCUGCUGUGCUUAAGAGUCUGUCUAUAAGCCCAGAUCCACUCACCAUUCCAGGAGAUAUGUCUAUCAGUGCAUCUGGUGCCACCACUAUAAACCUUGUUUCACCUCUGAAGGUAUGUAAAGGUUAUGGAGCUGCACCAGGCAGAAACAGGUCUUCAUAUCUCUGGUAUUAUCCAAAAUGCGCUUGAACUGUUCAGCGCUCUUGAAAGAUGCAACAUCUCAUCCAGGUCUGGGACCAUAUUGCUAAGGGCUUGCAUGGCUCCCAGUGCAUCAAGAACACUUCGCUGGGGAGUG